GGAAGCGGCGGGCCGGGCUGGGCGUCCGUGGCCGUCCGUCCUUCCGUCCCCAUUAAUCGGCGAUGGAGGCGUGAGGCGGAGCGCAGACGGCGGCCCUUCCCGCCCCCGGCGAUGCGGGCCGGGGCCCGGGGCGCAGGUAUCACUUGGACAGUACUGUAGAGGAACAAUGUACUCUGAGUGGCGGUCCCUGCAUUUGGUAAUUCAGAAUGAUCAGGGCCACACCAGCGUACUUCACAGCUACCCUGACAGCGUGGGGCGAGAGGUGGCCAACGCGGUGGUGCGUCCCCUCGGCCAAGCCUUGAACUCCUCUUCUGCGGCCGGGAAUGAAAGCUUCCUCAAAACCGACAAAGAAGUAAAAUGGACCAUGGAAGUGAUUUGUUAUGGACUGACCCUUCCACUGGACGGAGAUACUGUAAAAUAUUGUGUUGAUGUAUAUACUGAUUGGAUUAUGGCUCUCGUAUUACCAAAAGACUCCAUUCCACUGCCAAUUAUUAAGGAACCAAACCUUUAUGUUCAGAGCAUUCUAAAACACUUGCAAAAUCUCUUUGUACCCAGGCAAGAGCAGGGCUCCAAUCAGAUUAGACUAUGCUUGCAAGUUCUGCGAGCUGUCCAGAAACUGGCUCGUGAGUCAACCACCAUGGCACGAGAAACAUGGGAGGUUUUGUUGUUGUUUCUCCUGCAGAUUAAUGACACGCUUCUGGCAGCCCCGACUGUUCAAGGUGGCAUUGCUGAGAAUCUGGCGGAGAAAUUGAUUGGAGUUCUUUUUGAGGUCUGGUUACUAGCUUGUACCAGGUGCUUCCCAACUCCACCGUACUGGAAAACAGCCAAGGAGAUGGUGGGGAACUGGAGGCAUCAUGCUGCUGUAGUGGAACAGUGGAGCAAGGUGAUCUGCGCACUUACUUCCAGGUUGCUCCGAUUUAUAUAUGGUCCUUCGUUUCCUCCAUUUAAAGUUCCUGAUGAAGAUGCCAGUCUGAUUCCACCUGAAAUGGAUAAUGAAUGCAUUGCACAGACAUGGUUUCGCUUUUUACAUAUGCUAAGUAAUCCCGUGGAUUUGAGUAACCCAGCAAUUGUAAGCUCUACCCCCAAAUUUCAGGAGCAGUUUCUGAAUGUGAGUGGAAUGACUCAAGAAUUGAAUCAGUAUCCCUGCCUUAAACAUCUGCCUCAAAUAUUCUUUCGUGCCAUGCGUGGAAUCAGCUGUCUGGUGGAUGCAUUUCUAGGCAUUUCCCGGCCCCGAUCCGACAGUGCUCCCCCAACGCCCGUAAAUAGAUUAAGCAUGCCUCAAAACACCGCUCCGAUCAACACAACCCCUCCUCAUAACCGAAGGCACCGGGCUGUUACUGUGAAUAAGGCAACGAUGAAAACGAGCACAGUAAGCACUGCUCAUGCCUCCAAAGUUCAACACCAGACAUCCUCCACUUCUCCACUGUCUAGUCCAAAUCAGACUAGCUCAGAGCCUCGACCGCUGCCUGCCCCAAGAAGGCCGAAGGUUAACAGCAUUUUGAACCUCUUUGGAUCGUGGUUGUUUGAUGCGGCAUUUGUUCACUGUAAACUUCAUAAUGGAAUCAACAGAGACAGCAGCAUGACCGCAUCUUUUAUCCAAAUUCUUCUUUCUUAUAAAUCUUCGAUAACAACACAAACCAACAUGGAGUUUCGCCGGAAAGGAUCCCAACUGUCCACCGACACCAUGACUUCCAAUCCCAUGUUCGACGCAAGUGAAUUUCCUGACAACUACGAAGCAGGAAGAGCGGAAGCUUGUGGGACACUGUGUAGGAUUUUCUGUAGCAAGAAGACGGGAGAGGAGAUUCUUCCGGCUUAUUUAUCCAGAUUUUACAUGCUUUUAAUUCAAGGUUUGCAGAUAACUGAUUAUGUGUGCCAUCCUGUCUUGGCCAGCAUUAUUCUAAACUCUCCUCCUUUGUUCUGCUGUGACCUGAAAGGGAUUGAUGUUGUGGUACCGUACUUUAUUUCAGCUCUGGAAACUAUUCUGCCCGAUAGAGAACUCUCCAAGUUCAAAACCUACAUAAAUCCAAUAGAACUGAGAAGAUCUUCAAUUAACAUCCUACUUUCCUUGUUGCCGCUCCCUCAUCACUUUGGCACUGUAAAGUCUGAGGUCGUCCUGGAAGGAAAGUUUAGUAAUGAUGAUGGCUUUUCGAAUGAUAAACCUGUGACCUUCCUGUCCUUGAAGUUGAGGCUCGUGAAUAUACUGAUAGGAGCUUUGCAAACUGAAACGGACCCCAACAACACCCAAAUGAUCUUAGGUGCAAUGUUAAAUAUUGUCCAGGAUUCUGCCCUGUUAGAAGCCAUUGGCUGUCAGAUGGAAAUGAACGGCGGAGAAAACAACCUGAAGAGUCACAGUCGCACAAACAGCGGCAUCAGCUCAGCAAGCGGAGGGAGUACCGAGCCCACGACUCCAGACAGUGAGAGACCCGCACAAGCUCUCCUGAGGGAUUACGGAUCGACAGCUCUUAAUACAGAUACAGCUGCUGGACUCCUGAUACGCAGUAUUCACCUGGUUACCCAAAGGCUCAACUCUCAGUGGCGGCAGGACAUGAGUAUUUCCCUGGCUGCUCUAGAGCUCCUUUCAGGCCUGGCCAAGGUGAAAGUGGUGGUUGACUCAUCAGACAGGAAGAGAGCAAUCAGUUCAGUGUGUAGUUACAUUGUUUACCAAUGCAGCCGGCCUGCCCCGCUUCACUCCAGGGAUCUGCACUCCAUGAUAGUUGCGGCUUUUCAAUGUCUUUGUGUCUGGCUGACGGAGCACCCUGACAUGCUGGACGAGAAGGACUGCCUCAGAGAGGUGCUGGAGAUUGUGGAAUUGGGCAUCUCAGGAAGCAAGUCCAAGAGCAGUGAGCAAGAGGUCAAAUACAAAGGUGAUAAAGAACCAAACCCCGCAUCUAUGCGAGUGAAGGAUGCAGCCGAAGCCACCCUAACAUGCAUCAUGCAGUUACUUGGGGCAUUUCCUUCACCCAGUGGCCCGGCCUCUCCAUGCAGCCUGGUGAAUGAAACGACUUUAAUCAAAUACUCCCGUCUGCCUUCUAUAAACAAGCAUAGCUUCCGCUACUUCGUCCUGGACAACAGUGUCAUCCUCGCAAUGCUGGAACAACCUCUAGGAAAUGAGCAGAAUGACUCUUUCCCAUCCGUCACCGUGUUGAUCCGUGGAAUGUCUGGAAGACUUGCCUGGGCUCAACAACUCUGCCUUCUACCGAGAGGAGCGAAAGCCAAUCAGAAGCUCUUUCUGCCGGAACCUCGCCCGGUUCCCAAAAACAAUGUUGGACUUAAGUAUAGUGUGAAGCAUCGGCCAUUUCCAGAAGAGGUGGACAAGAUUCCUUUUGUAAAAGCUGAUCUGAGCAUUCCAGACCUGCAUGAAAUUGUUAACGAGGAACUGGAAGACAGACAUGAGAAACUGAGGAACGACAUGUCCCAGCAGAUAGCGUACGAAAUCGCCCUCGAUCAGCAAAGCGAAGAGGAGUGGCGGAAGAAGAGCUUCCCUGAUCCGAUUACUGAUUGUAAGCCCCCACCUCCUGCCCAGGAGUUCCAAACAGCACGCCUUUUCCUCUCACACUUUGGAUUUUUGUCCUUAGAGGCAUUAAAGGAACCUACAAAUAGUCGUCUACCUCCUCACCUUAUUGCACUUGACUCCACGCUCGCUGGGUUUUUUGAUGAUAUUGGCUAUCUGGAUCUCUUGCCAUGUCGUCCUUUCGAUACCGUUUUUAUAUUCUACAUGAAAGCAGGCCAGAAGACAAGCCAAGAGAUUUUAAGGAAUGCUGAGUCUUCCAGAAACGUUCAGCCACAUUUCCUAGAAUUCCUGUUGUCUCUCGGCUGGCCAGUAGAUGUGGGGAAACAUCCUGGAUGGACCGGACAUGUGGCAACCAGUUGGUCUAUUAACAGCUGCGGUGAUGGUGAAGGAGCAGAACAAGAUGAAGUUGUUUCGUGUGAAGACUCUGGAGCAAGUGUUUUCAAUGGACAGAAGAAGGUGCUGUAUUAUGCCGACGCCCUUACGGAAAUAGCUUUCGUCAUUCCCUCACCUGUGGAAUCUUUAACUGAUUCAUUGGAAAGCAACAUAUCCGAUCAAGAAAGCGACUUGCAUAUGGAUCUUCUUCCCGGGAUACUUAAACAGCCAUCUCUGACACUUGAGCUUUUUCCCAAUCAUACAGACAAUCUUAAUUCGUCACAGAGGUUGAGCCCUACUUCCCGUGCGAGAAAAUUGCCUCAGGGCCGGACUGUGCCACCAAUGGGUCCCGAGACCAAGGUCUCCGUGGUCUGGGUCGAGCGUUACGAUGACAUAGAAAACUUUCCCCUCGCUGACCUGAUGUCAGAGACCAGCACUGGUGUAGAAACUACAGCAAACAGUAGCACUUCUCUGAGGUCAACCACCCUCGAAAAAGAAGUUCCUGUGAUUUUCAUCCAUCCUCUAAACACUGGGUUAUUCAGGAUAAAAAUUCAAGGAGCGACUGGGAAAUUUAACAUGGUCAUCCCGCUUGUGGAUGGGAUGAUAGUCAGCAGGAGAGCCCUGGGUUUCCUAGUGCGGCAGACCAUCAUAAACGUCUGUAGAAGAAAGCGUCUGGAAAGUGACUCGUACAACCCCCCGCACGUCCGACGGAAACAGAAGAUCGCCGACAUUGUCAAUAAGUACAGGAACAAGCAACUGGAGCCGGAAUUCUAUACCUCGCUUUUCCAGGAGGUCGGGCUCAAGCACUGCAACCCUUAGACCGACAUCCCUCCCGGACGACGAGAUCAGAGCUUGGCGGCUCCAGGAACACAAAGAACGCUCUCUGACCAGGGUUGAUCCAAAAAAACGACCACCCUCCAACCCCUUGGACCUCCGGGAUCGAGGAAGCGGCACGGGGAAGCCCGGCUUGGCCAAAGUUGAGGGCGAAAGAGCGGAAAGUGGCUUUCGGUUUUGCGGUGAGAUCAGACCCGCCAGUGCAACCGUGUUCCAAAGAAUACAUGAUAUAAACCCUAACCACAAAAAAAAAAAAAUUUCAUUCUUUGGUUUUCAGGUUUGAAUUGCAGAAUAUACUGCUCUUUAGGAGGAAGAGUUUACAGGCUGCUCUGAUGAAAUUUUGCUUAGGAAGUUCAUCACGCGGCGUCAGAUUUACAGGUUCUCGACUGGAGACCCAGUCUUCGACUUCCCUUUUCCAGGAAGUUCGUUGUAAAACCGCUCCCCCAGCCUCAACCUUCCAAGGUUGUGAAACCAGUCAGGGCCGUCCACAGAGUGGCAGAAGGAAGGAAGGGUGAGAGAGAGGCUUAAACCGCCUCUGUCUCUGGGAGAACCCCUAGAUACUACAAACACCUAGCAACACGUAGCCCUGCAGUCAGCCACAAAAGUCCCAUUUGGAAAGAAAAUCCAGGUUCAGAUUCCACCUGUUCCUCCUUUGUCUCAAUAAAAGUGACAUCCCCUUGUCAGCAGCCCAUCCAUCUGACAGAACUGCCCACAUGCCCACGCUGAUUCCAGAACGGGUUGGAAGCCCAACUUAAAGCGGAUGGCCCGUCUUUGAGUGUCCUUUGCAACACAGUAGGGUAUAGGAAACCGUACGUCAGAACUACGUCGGUGAAGGCAUCCCUCAGUCCAGUAUCACCAGUUCAGUGCAGCGAAAAGGAAAAGGGAUUCUUCUAUAAUUAUUUUUAGUAUCCUGAGCCGAGAAUUGAAAUAUCAAAGCCCAAGGUUGUGUUUGAGCAGGUUUCAGUUUGCAGGUGUUGGAAAUGCCUUGUGUUUAUACACGGCCGGUCUUUGGUAGCAGGACUCAAUAGAAACUUUGGUCGUUCUCUACGGGAGAGUAGUUGGGAAUUUGGGCAGUGUAGCUGAGUUGUUGUUCAGAUCUGUUGCAAAACGUGACUGGUAAAAUUAUUAAUUCCCCCACCCAAGUGAUAUCAUUAGGCGUCUUCCAGAAGCAGUCUUUUAAGUCAUUAUUAAAGUUUUUAUAAGACAACGAUAUCACCAUCCCUUCAGUGGUUUUAGAAACUGUCCUCUCUGGCACAACCAUCCCUCAGUAAUGAACUGAGAAGGCAGAGCCAGAGGUUUUAUGAAGAAUAGCUAUGGCAGCGCAGAACAUUCUGCACUUUGCUCCCUUCGCCCUCUCCAUUGGGCACAGGCUGCUAUUUUGAGGUGUUCAAUGUCAAGAAAUUUUUAGAAAACUGAAUUCAAGAAAAAGGACCGGUCGCGUUUGUCUUUCCUUUUCACUCUCCUCUCCUCAGGUUACUCUUCAUUCCCAACCACGAGAUCUUCUGUAGACUUUCCUCUCAAAGGUUGGUUUUGUGAGCGUCUGGCGUCUAAGGAGCUAACAUCCUCGUAGAUGGAGCUGAGGACUUUUCAGUGUGGGAGCCACAGUGAGGUGGACUUGAUCUGUUCUUGGUUUUAAGUCUCCCUUAGAACUUCUCUUAGGUGUGCCUGAAAGUCUUCCUUCAGAGCCCCUCCUGCUUCUUUCACUAACCCAAGGGUCCCUUCCCGGCAUAGAAUCUCUGUGACCAAUUUUGAGGGUGAUCGCUCAUAUCAAGCUAGCACUAAAGACUCCCGGGUCACUAAUUGCGGGGUUGGGGGGAUUCCAGAAGAUGUGCUUGUAGGUUAGAAGACCGGACCUUGCGUCAGAUGUGAUGAGUCACCUAAGAUGAAUGAGGCGUGUGGGGUUUAGGUUUCACACUUUUCAAAUGUGACUUAGAAAAAAACAGUUCCAAAGCUGCCUUUUUUUGCCGCAGCAGCAGCAGUUCUGAUACCCGAAAAACUCGGUGCAUGUGUAAAAAGUUCUCCUAAAGUCCUCCUAAAGUCCCUUCCUUCUAGUAAAUAAAACCUUCUUGCCGCUCUAUGUAAUUUCCAAUACCCUCUUCUACAAAACAAAGGGUUUCCUCUCGAGAUAGGAACGUGUUAGGGGCCACCCGCGUUGGUGAUAGAAGGUGACUCGACGCUUUCAGAGGGUCGGGUCCUCGCUGGCCUUCGACACCUCCGAAGAGCCCGUCUCUGAAGUCGGUGGGCAAUGAGCAAGAAGUGAAUUUAGUCGUCCUUGGUGCGGGCGCGUUGAGUUCGUCACAUUCCCACAAGGGUCGACACAGAUGGCGGCCUCGGUUCAGUGUCCGGGGACUCCGAAGAGGCCCGUGGCAGGAUGAUCAGAAAUGCUCAACUCUAACCAGUGGUAGUUGGAGCGAACGAACACUACGUUCACCCUGUGUCCGCUCUGUAGAAAUCCCUCCGGUCUAAAACCCGGCUUCACAAACAUAGGUAGGCCAGUGAUCAAAUGGCACGUCCAAUGCAUGUGCGCCGAUAUCGCGUAGCCAAGAUCCUCGACGUUCCGAGCGUUCGAGUUUGUCUACUACAUUGGCUCGGGAGUACAUUCUGGAAAUUAGAAACCGCCUUCGUUUGCUUCGUGUCUAGUGUGUAGGUCUUGAUGAUAUUUAGUCCUGUCGAAGGUGGAUAAGCUAGAAUGUUUGUACUAAAGGAGGCGAGAGCAUUUCUUGAAGACGGAGAGUAGUAGUCAGAGUUGACCCAUCAGCGGGUGGGGCAGGAAGGCCGGAUCGAGACGUUUUUGGAGUGGCCCUGCUUUUUACACGGAGGUUCACCGACCUCCACCGACCGCACUGAAUGUGACUCAGUGGUGAAAUACCCAUUCAGUUUCCCCAUAGCCAGCAGGCCCUGAAAGUAGCGGAGGGGGUCCCCUCUGAUCCCGCAAUGUGACGUUCGCUUGACUAGCGGAUACCCCCAACACCCCCAACACCCCAACACCCCCAACACCCCGACCCUGGUUUUGCACCCUGAGCUGUUUUGGCACUAUCCAUUCUUCUGGCGCGUGGGUGCUCGCUCGCCUUGGGGAUCGAGCAUCCCGGCAAAACCGAGGAACCCCUUGGACACGGCCAGCCUCAGAGCAGUGUCUGGGAGAGAGGUACAGACCCAUGGGGAGAGCUACAAGGCCAGUUUUCCAUCACGUGGGGAAGAGCCUCCCCCCGGGCUCUCGGGAACCUGGGGUUCUCCUGAUGUUCCACCUCAUCCCUCCGCACCGCAGGCAGAAAGCUGAUCGUUCCCGUCUCAGGGCUUCACUUGGGCAAUUCUUCCUCCUCUUCUUCUUUCUCUUCUUCCAAUGAAUAACGGUGUUUGCGAGCUGGAUCCGCUGACUCCACCGUGGGGCCUGUAACCCCUUCUUUCCACGGAGGAGAUGAUCGGCGGUUAUCUAUGCUUGAGAAGCAUUUUAUUCCCUUAAAUUGCACGUGUGCCCAGAGAGUGUAGAAAUAUAGCUCCUCGUGGCCUCUUCUGGCAGAGAUAUUGGAGAGAAUUGGAUAUUUCUUUCCUGGUAUCAUUCCGAAUCGAAUUUCAGAAAUUCAAAAUAGACGAUCCAUUUAGGGACUGUCUCGCUGCUGGCUUAUGACUCUCCGGUAAAUAAGUGUGGGUAGAAACACUGGAGUCUCCGAGAUCUCUUUGGUGUUUAGGUGGAACAUCUGCAGGGAAGACCUGUGUCGGCUAAGGGAUUCGGUCGCAGGCUUCCCAGCGGUUCUCUUGCAGAAUGCUUUCUUCAUCUCAGGAUGUCAACUCUCGUCAUCCCCUAUCCCCGUCCAUAAAAUUUUAGUUUUUGAAUGAUGAGGGAAAAGGUGUCCCCUCCUCCCCACCCCCACCCCCCAUUCAGAAAAGAAAUCUCCUGGAGCGAACGAGCGAAGGGCACCCCCCACCCCCGAGGGGCCAGGCGGGGGUGUCGGGAGAAGAGGGAGAGAGCAUUAUUUGCUUGAAAUCACAUAUGAUUCCGGACGAAUUUCCGAAGGGAAUGUUGCCAAGACAUGAUCUUUUUGUUCCUCUUGUAUUUUCUGUAAAUAUUAACCGGCACUCAGUUGUAAAGUAAAGGCAAACUGUAAAUACGAAGAUGUGAACGACGGUCCCUCGUCUCUUGUACUUUAUCUCUUGUUUGUUAGGGAAGGCACAAAAGGCUCGUUUGUAUUUAUGCCGAUUCUUUGUCUGGAAGAAACACAUGGAAUAUUGAAUGUAACACAUUUAGUCAAUUAAAUUUUAAAGAAAUUCUUCUCUAA